CGUCUGCAGCACCACAGGCCGUCAGUCAGUUGGUCGCCGCCAUGGAGGUUACAGGCCAAGGCCAAACUCCUGGAUCACAAACUAUUACGUUGAUGAAAAUUGGCCAUUACCAGAUUGGCAACACCCUGGGAGCUGGGACAUUUGGGAAAGUUAAAUAUGGCGAGCAUAUUCUCACUGGUACGAAAGUUGCCAUCAAGAUUCUCAACCGUAAAACCAUCAAGAACUUGGAUAUGGUCAGCAAGAUCAAGAGAGAAAUUACCAAUCUUAAACUCUUCCGUCAUCCACACAUCAUUAAACUGUACCAGGUGAUCAGCACACCCACAGACAUAUUUAUGGUGAUGGAAUAUGCUUCUGGAGGAGAACUUUUUGACUAUAUCAAGAAGAGGGGCAAGCUGAAAGAGUCAGAGGCUCGGAGGUUUUUCCAGCAGAUAAUUUCUGGUGUAGAUUACUGCCACCGUCACAUGGUAGUGCACAGAGACCUCAAGCCUGAGAAUCUCCUUCUGGAUCAUAAUCUUCAUGUCAAAAUAGCUGACUUUGGCCUCUCCAACAUCAUGGUAGAUGGCGAGUUCCUUCGCACCAGCUGUGGUUCCCCAAAUUAUGCUGCCCCUGAAGUUAUCUCUGGCAAGCUUUAUGCCGGACCUGAAGUGGAUGUGUGGUCGUGCGGCAUCAUCCUAUACGCUCUUCUGUGUGGGACCUUACCUUUUGAUGAUGAGCAUGUGCCGUCUCUCUUCCGCAAAAUCAGAUCGGGUGUGUUCCAGAUCCCUGAUUACCUGAACCAGAGUGUGGUGCGCUUACUCCUACACAUGCUCAUGGUGGAUCCUAUGAGACGUGCCUGUAUUGAGGACAUCAAAAAACAUGAAUGGUUCCAGAGGGACCUGCCUGCCUAUCUUUUCCCUCCUCCAUAUGACCAUGAUAAUUCAGUAAUCGACAAUGAUGCCAUAGCUGAAGUGUGUGAGAAAUUCCAAGUUGAUAUUUCUGAAGUUCAAAGUGCCAUUCUGUCGGAAGAUGCACACAACCAACUGAAAAUUGCUUAUAACCUGAUUGUCGACAAUAAGCGCUUUGCAGAUGCAAAUGCUCUGUACAGCAUCUCUGCAUUUUACAUGGGCAGUUCUCCUCCUCCAGCCCCUCCAGCUCCUUCCUUCAGUCCAUCAGACCCAAAUCCAAUCGCUUUCAGGCCACACCCAGAGAGAAUUGCACCUCACCUUGGCAAGAUUCAGGCAGAUAUACGAGCAUCUCUGAGGGAACGUGCUCUGAGUGGUGACCGGGGUGUGCCAAAAAAUGCACCAGGAAAACGUGCGAAGUGGCAUCUAGGUAUUCGCUCCCAGAGUAAACCCCUGGACAUAAUGAGCGAGGUUUACAAGGCUAUGAAGGUCCUUGGCUUUGAAUGGAAGGUCGUCAAUCCUUUUCACGUACGUGUGCGGCGAAAAAAUCCUGUGACCAGUAAUUACGUGCACAUGGCUCUGCAACUGUAUCAGGUGGACUACCGGUCACAUCUACUUGACUUCAAAAUAAUAUCCAAUGACCCUAAUGACACUACUAUAAUUGAUAAGAAAUCUGGAGACGAAGAAAACCAAAAUCCUGGACAUCAUGUCAUGGAGUUCUUUGAGAUGUGUGCAGCACUUAUCACCGAACUGGCACGAUAAACUGAAUUGCCUUGCAGCUUCAUUAUUGAGACCUGUUGUGCCUACAGACUCAUUCAGUGUAUGUCUGAUGAUGUGGUAAAUUGGAUAGCCUGUUUAUAUGGUUAGCAAUUUAAGUGAAAUGUAUAACUUCAUAUCUAUUAGUUAACCUUUCUCCUACAAUUGUAGGAGAGAGUGAUACAAGACAGGUGUAGGUAGAUAUAGCAAAGGACUAAAACUACAGGUAGAAUUAAAUUACUCUUAUCAGUUUCUUAAAUUUUCAAUUUGAAUAGCUUAUGAAAUUAGGGUUUUAUUCUUAUCUCACUGGGCACAACUUAGAAAUAUUUACAUAACACUAGAUUUGGAAUGGCAAUUUGGAACAAUAUGUUGUGUUAUUCAUAAGGGAAAAAUUACCAUUUGGUAUUUGCAAGAUUGAAAGUUAUUAAAGAUGAGGCACCAGAAUAUUUUGUGGUGGGCUUGAGAAAUGAUUAGGUGCUUGCUUUUAUAUACAGUAGAUUGUGUGUGUGUGAGUGAGUGAGAUGAUUUUUUUUGUGUACAGUUAUUAUUUGCCUUUUAUUUGUUAAAUAUUAGAAAUUACAAAAAAGAGGUGGACUGUAAAUAGUUAUAUAUGUGUAAAUUACUAUUUGCUUUUGUUUUUGAUAGGAAUGGACAUAUUAUAAUUAUCAUUUACAAGUAAGUAAAUUCAGUGAAGUUAUAAACCCUCAAAUCUGGGACCCUUGGGACAAGACCAAACCAGUUUCAAGGCUUUUCCAGUUUCCUGGUACGACGAUGUUACUCAGGGCCUACCAGGAGACUGUGUCAAGAUUUGCCUCCACACACUCACACAAACUCAGUUGAAUGAUUGCUUUACAUUUUGUAUAAUAAAAUAAAAUAAAACACAGUUGUAUGCAUACAGUACUGUAUAUUUAAAAUAAAAAAAGAUAGAUUAAAUAUAUUUCAUUUAGAAGUUGAGAUUUCUCUUAAGACGAGUUAAAUAGGUUUGUUUACAUCCCGGCAGCUUCUAGUGACUCACGACAUUGCUAGUAGUAGUCAGUGAGGUAACUUACGUCAGAUGCUGCUUUUUUGCACAUAGCCCAUGUGAGAACAAGUAGUGUGUGGUAACAUUAGCCUCUGUCAUAACUUACCUCAAACUAUUGGUUUAGCCCUUAAAUGACAGGAUUGCCUAUAGAUGAAUUUUUUUCCAUUGUGGAAAUCCUCUACUGUACAGUAAACCCUCAAGAUUCACGAGUUUAACUUUCACGGAUUUGAUUAUUCACAGGCACAACCAUUGUAUACCUGCUCAUCAUUCUUGGGCAUGAGGUUUGGUUAUUCAUGGCUUGUUGACUCGUUUUCCCAUAGUUCAGCAGGACUCUUGUGUUUAUUGUCCACGACUGUACCGUGUGGCACGUCAUGCAUCAUAGCUUGCUCUCUCGGUCUCCUGCAGCUCAGCUAUUUGUUAGGCUGUUCUUGCUCUUUUUGGUGACUUAUUGCCCUUAGUGAUGCCUCCUAAGUGUACAAUAAGUGGAUCAAGUAAAAAAGUGGAGUUGCUUGGUCACCUUGCUAGGGGUAAUACUGUGGCGGGUAUGGGAUGCCAUUAUGGUGUUAACAAGUCUAUUAUUGAGAAAGUUACACUAUUUAUGAUGUAUCCAGCAUCACAAGAGGCUGAUCUUACGAAAAUGUAUUCGAAAAUGGACAGGUACUGACAGCGUUAUGACCCCAUAACCCCAGCCCUGUCAAGUCUUAGCCUCUAUAUUUAUACAGUAAUAAGAAAAAAAUAUAUUGAUAUCUAAUGUUAAGUUUCUUAUAAGAAAUAGUUUGUCUUGAAAUUUUUCAUUUCGCUGAAACAUUGCAAAUGGUUAAAGUACAGUUUAUAUAUAUAUAUAUAUAUAUAUAUAUAUAUAUAUAUAUAUAUAUAUAUAUAUAUAUAUAUAUAUAUAUAUAUAUAUAUAUAUAUAUAUAUAUAUAUAUAUAAUUAUUUUAUUAUUUUUUCUGUUACUGAAUGUUAUGUUGUUUAUGAUGAAUUGUACACCUUAAGAGGCUGACCCAUGUGGCAAUACCUAACCCCCACUCUCCACCUGUUACAUGUGCAAUACCAACUCUGCUAGUGUUCAUGGCUCUUGUUAGGCAUACAGAGAAUUUGAAUACACCACUAUUUAAAGGUGAGGGAAGCUUGUCCUUUUCAUUAGAAAUUAAAAAAAGCAUUUUUUGAAACUGGCAUAUCUUCAUGUCAGGACAGAUUACUUAUUUAAAAAGCCAGCUCUCGUUUAAGAUUUAAUUUGUUCAAUAUUAAUUUCAAAAGCUGUGUGAAAACAAUUGUAUUUUAUUAAUAAAAAUAAACAAAGAUAAUCAAGGUACA